UUAGUACAAAAUCAUUUCCGAGCAACCAACCAACAACAUCCUCUUCUUCUUUUUCUUCCAGUUACUAACCGAGUCUUCUUCUUCUUCUUUGAAACUUAGAAAGGUCUUAGAACCGUCGUCGUCUCUAACGCCAAACCAAACCAAACCAAACGGCAAACGCCAUUCCCUCCAAUCGUUCUCUCUCCCUUAAUCUCUUCUAAACCUUCUUCUACUUCUUCUUCUUCUUCUUGAUCGAGGAGAGUUGGAAGCGCGCGAAUCGGAUCCGUUUUAAUCUAAGGCGCAAGCGCCAUCCUGCGUUGCUUUUCGCCACAAGCAGCAGGAGUUUUCGAGUCCGAGUCGAAGUUUGCGUUCGAGUUCGGUUCGCGCUCGCACCAAUUUCAUAUCACAGCAGCGGUUCGGAACACCGCACGUUGUUCGUCUAUACACGUGGUUCACGUGGUUCGUAGUAGAGUUCUUCAAUCUUACUUGCGCGCACACGGAAAUGGUACACCACCAAUUUGAAGUUGGAUUUUAAGUCUUUGGAUUUUGUCGAAAUUUGUUUAUGUAAAUAAAAACUGUUUUCGGUGGUUUUAUAUUUUAAGUGCCGAAGGAUUUUUGACUUUUUUAUGAUGAAAAAGUGACAAUUUGAAUGAAAAAUUAGUUGCUCCUUUUGUUGGAAUUUUAAUUAAAGUGUUCUAAUCUGACUGAAACAAUUAAAGGAAAAAAGUGGAAUAACUUGAAAAAAAAUGUGUAAAAGUGGAUGAUGAUGUUUAUACUUUAUACUUAGUUCGGUUUUAAAAACGAAUUAUCGAAAGUUCCGAUUGAGGAUAAAAUAUUAAGGAUUUAUUAUCGGAGAAUUUUAAGGAAAAACUUGUAAAACAUCGACAAUAAGAUUUGGCCCCAAAAACCUGCGUUAAUGUCCUGGAAACAGUUUGAGAUUCAUCGUGACAUAUCCAGAUCUUUAUUAAAACUAAAGGGAACAUCAUCUGGCACAUUUGGAUAGCGGCAUCUAAUAAACGAAAUUCUAAACAGAACUUGCAACAACAAACCAGCAGAUGGCAGUGGCGAUGCCAUUUAUAGAUAACGACCUUUUGUGGUGUCCAGACAACGAUGGUAAUAUGGUAGAUUUAUCUUCUUGCCUACAGGAGGAAGCAUCUAUAGCAGUUGGUAGUAACACAUCGGCGACAAUAGGUGCCGCCGCAAACGUGAAUUCUUUGAACGAACUUUCACAAUCCGAUCUCAAUUCGUUCGUUUCUGGUUUGGGACAUCAACCCGAAACGGGAGAACAAGAGGAAUCUGGAACCGUUAAUUCGGAAGAUAUUUUGAAACAUCUCAAUUUUCCGAUUGAGUUGGAUAAUUUUUUAGAUGAAAUCAACAAUCAGGUUAAGCAAGAAGAAAAUAAUAACGUACAAGUUGAUCAAAAUGCGAAUUUGGCGAGUUUAACCACAAAAAAUGUAUCGAAAUAUCCUAUUGCUGCGGCGAAUCCGCUUUUGGCGCAAAAGCUUGGAUUAUCCAAUCUUAACGGUGGAAGUCAGCAACCCAACCAACACGUUAGUACUUCGAGUAAUGGUACGCAGAUGACGCUAUUAACUCCAAAAGUUGAGAAAGAUGUAUCAAAAUGGGAAUAUGAACACUGCCCAACGUCAAACAGCCGAAACAGUAACAGAAAGUCGCCGUCGCCGGUGCCAAAUGCAAAACUCAAUUACAUGUUGGGUUUGGCGCCUGAUUUCACUGCCGCUCCGUUACCAUUACAUAGGCUAACCGCUUGCACUACCACAACGACAGGUUCUUUGCCACCAAGUCCAGCGGAUUCCGGUGUUUCUGAUGUCGAUAGUUCAUCGAGUGGUCACACGUCGACAGACGAACUCAAAUCGAGAUUACAACCACCCGGAGCCGGGACAGGGGGUGGAGGAGGAGGUGGUGGUGGUGGAGGAGGAGGACUGGUUGGGCCCCAUUCUCCCCUUGGUGGUUAUCACGCGAAGCAACAGCAUUUUUUGCCACCAUAUAAUUUUCCUGGGAGUCAUCCGCAUUCUCAUAGAGGGCAUCUUUCCCAUCCACAUCAUUAUACAAUAAGAUCGCAACAAUUAGAUACAUACAACACCUACUUAUCAUCACUUCAACAACACCAACAACAAGUCCAACAAAAUCUUUUAUCGACAUACGAUCAUCACACAAGUCUCCAUUCACCUUUCGCAACACCGUCAGCUCCGUCUCCACCCAGAUCAUCAUCGAUCAACCAACACCAUCAUCAUCACAUGGCGAUCCCAACAUCCGUUAUUCAAGCAGCAACAUCAAGCGUGAGCGAAGAUCUUCCUUACAUGAUCGAUUUGGCCGGAUUUCCAACGAGAAAAUUGAAAAAAUUAAAAAAACCCAAAACCGAACCGGGCACAGUUAAAAGGAAAAGCAGAGAAGGGUCCACAACGUAUCUUUGGGAAUUUCUGUUAAAAUUGCUUCAAGAUCACGAGUAUUGUCCGAGGUAUAUUAAAUGGACGAAUCGUGAAAAGGGUAUUUUUAAAUUGGUCGAUUCGAAAGCGGUUAGCAGAUUAUGGGGUAUGCAUAAAAAUAAACCGGAUAUGAAUUAUGAAACGAUGGGGAGGGCGUUAAGGUAUUAUUACCAAAGAGGGAUUUUAGCGAAGGUUGAUGGUCAAAGAUUGGUUUAUCAAUUUGUUGAUGUACCCAAAGAUAUCGUUGAGAUUGAUUGUAAUGGAUCAUAAAAAAAUUUCUUUAAGACAAAGUGAAAGAUCUCAAUUUUUUUAUUAAAAAAGAAAUUACCAUGAUUAAGAUGUUAUUAAGAUAACGAAGGUAAGUAAAGGAAUGAAACUUGUAUUAUAAAUGUAUUUUGAUGACAAAAAGGCAACUUUGAAGCUCAAGAAAUAUGCUGGAUUAAAGUUUUUGAAGUAAUACUCAAAAAGAAAUGUAAAAAGCCGGCUUUAAUUUAACCAAAACUGUAAAUAUUAA